AACAUUUUCUAAUGCAUCUCACCGCCUAAAUAAUUUCCUUGCUUUCUGCAAUUAAGGUACUUUAAAUAAAAAUUGUACAAAAACACGUGCCAAAUUAUCAAAGUAAAUAAGUUAAAGUUAUAUAAAAUUUAUUAGAAAGUGUGUCAAAGUGCAAAGUGAAAGUUGUAAAAUCAAAAGCAAAAGCAUUUAACUAAAGCAAGUGAAAGUGGUAGCUUGCUUUACUUCGAGUUCAUCAGAAAGACUACAAUAACAAACGCAGUUCGGAAGUGAUGUCGUCAUGAGACCGACAUUCGAUCGACGCCUCUGGAUAUUACUGUACAUUCUACUAAUACAAUGCAUUGCCAUUACAAAUCAACAAAACAUUAUCAAGCCGCAAAGUUUCCAUCCCCAACAAGUCACAGACAAAGACAGUCAAACUGUCGGCGCAUACGCCCCCGCGGCGCCAUCCAAAGGAUGGAGCAUAUCAACAGCGCAACGCGUAACAAGCAGCAGCAGCAAUACGCACACAGAUGACAAUAAGCUGCGUGCAUCACAGCAGCUAAGCGCUGCCGUUGAUGAGCAGCAACAACAACAACAACAAACACAACAUAAAUGUGCCAAAUUUAGCUGUGCAACCGCCGCCGCUACCAGUACAAAUCCAGCCGUGGAAGCGCACUCACCAUACUCCGCCACUCUUUCCUCCUCGUACAUUGCAACAACAUCUACAGCGAACAACGCUCAGUCUUUUAUGGCGUAUGCUGAAAAAAGCAGCCAAGCAACAAAAUCAAACUACAACUACAACAAUUAUAAACAAACGCAAGUUGAACAACAACCAUCCCAAUUGCCUUCAUCGCGCACGCGCUCAAUCGCAUCGGAAGCGCCGGCGUCACGUUUAAGCGAAACGCUUACAGCGCAUGCGUACGCAGACCUACCGGCUGACUCAUAUGGGCGCAAAGAGGAUAGCAGGCGAAAGAAGAAGCUAACAUCAAUGCCGUUCACGACAAAGGUAGCGUCAGCGGUGGCGAAGGCAAAGUUGACAAAGCUAUCGAAAGUCAAAGAGCACCAGAAAGUGCAUGUGGCUCAUAGAAAUCAACACAAGGAAGUGCGGCGACACCGCGCAGCGGCGGACGUUGAGUUUUGGAGAGCUCAUGAAAGCGCGCAACAUAUCCGUUGGGCACACGAAACGAGCGCGGCUAUCAAGCGCCGCCUACGACGCUCCACCGAUGCUAUAAUUUUGCUGCCCGCGCUCAAUUUCGCCGAAGAUGCAAAUCAGCAGAGUUUCAGCGACGAGGAGCUGGAUGCUGAUGAAGACAGUGUGCGUGUGGCGCGCCAUGCAGUUGGCCAGAGUAACAGCGAGAACGCGAAUGCUUUGAGCGCCAGUACUACAACGCAAACUGAAGCGCUGGGCCAGGAGGCAGUCUCUUCAUCCCAAGCGACUUCAUCUGAUUCGUCCUCCGCCUCCACAGCGGUUUCUGUUUCUACAUCAGCUGCUGUUGCUUCAUCCUCUGCUGCGCUCUCCACCUCGUCGCUCGAGGACUUUACUUUUUCUUCUCCUGCUUCUGAUACGCCACACAGCGCCACCUAUCGCAAUUCUACUACAAUAGCAAAUCGCCAUGUCGCCAGCAUCCUUAAGCCGAUCCAAUAUGUGCCGCUUAAGUCUAAGCGCGCACGCUCUGCCGUCAGCGUUAUUUUGCCCGCCGAGGUGCUUCGUAAGCCGAAGGAACCGAUUAUAAUUAUCGACGAUGUGGAAGAGUUUGAUAGUGGCACCGAUCGUGAACGCGAUUUGGCCGCCAUGGCGACUGUUGAUGACAAAAGCGAAGAUUACUCGCACGAUGAGCCGAUGGAACCGCGAGUGUUGCCACUACGCCCGGUGUUGCCAAAUCCCUAUGAAGAUGAGGAAAUGUCUGUUGUGUAUGCGGAGCAGCAUUCAGAGAUACGAUUGAUGUGCGAAGUGGAUUUGGAUAUAGCGUCGAGCACGUGGUACAAAAAUGGGCAGGUGGUGCACGCCAUGGAUCGCACCUCACGCGCCACCGAUUAUCGUUUCAUUAAAGAGCCAAAUGGUGCACUCACCAUCACAAAUGUAAUGCUCGAGGACGAUGGCAAGUGGCAAUGUGAAGCGGAGAAUUCGCGCAGAUACACCGAGAAUGCGAGACCCGUAAAAUUGGUGGUGUUAGAUCGUCCAAAGCCACCAUAUUUGCUGAUCGAUUCACGGCGCCUAGAUGCAGGCAAUAUUUUUGUGCCAGUCAAAGAGAAUUCCGAAUUGAAUUUAGCGUGCGUCAGCGAGGGUGGUAAUCCGAAACCAACACUCACCUGGGAGGUACUACUCAGUCCGGGUGUGGACCGGCAUGCACAGAAAGUGUCCGCCGAGGUAUUGGAGUUGGAAGAGGUGAAGAAUGAUAAGGAUAAAAACUCAUACAAAAUCAAUAGCGGCGCGAAAAGUGAGGCCCGCUUGCCGGCCGUCUAUCGAGCCCAUCACAAUGCUCGCAUUCUGUGCGUUAUGGAGCAUCCGACGUUGAAAAUACGCCAAAAUGCAUCGCUGCUGCUCGACGUGCAAUAUACGCCCUCAUUUGCUAUUUCACGCACACCUGGUUUCGGUUAUCCGCUGCGCGAAGGCAUUGAAGUUUCGCUUAAAUGCGAUGUUGACUCGAAUCCGCCAAGUACGCCGCGCUGGCAGAAGGACGAUGGUGAUACGCCGGUCCCCCAAACUGGCGAUGGUUUCCUAAACUUUACAUCGAUACGACACGAACAUUCCGGCUGGUAUAAAUGCACGUCACGACAUUUGAACUUUCAAUACUCAUCGAUUGGCUACUAUUUGAGUGUGAGAU